AUGAGUCCACUAACCGAAUCUCUCCUGAAAUACGACAGUCCAGUUUUGGUCAGCAAAACUACAGACGGAAAAUCACCAAAGGGACGCCUUUUGAGAGUGAGCCCUCAGCAGCCUGUCAGCUCUACUCCUGUUCCACCACCUCCCAAACCAAAAUCCAUCUCUAGUGAGGCUACCAAGCAGGAAUAUGACGACAUCCUGCAUGCCAUCCUUCCACCCAGAGAAUGGAUGGAGGGAAACAAACUGUGGGUGCAGCAAGUGUCCAGUGCACCUUGUACAAGAACAGAUAUCAUCUGCCUGGAGGAGCUACUGGACACAAAGCUACAGCAAAGACAGGCCAGAGAAACAGGAAUCUGCCCUGUCCGCAGGGAACUCUAUUCCCAGUGCUUUGAUGAGCUGAUCAGACAGGUGACCAUCAACUGCGCUGAGAGGGGUCUGCUGCUGUUGCGGGUUAGAGAUGAGAUUCAAAUGACUAUUGCUGCCUACCAGACGCUGUAUGAAAGCAGUGUGGCUUUCAAUAUGAGGAAAGCACUGCAGGCUGAGCAGGGCAAGGUUGACAUGGAGGAAAGAAUUUCUGAGCUGGAGAACGAGAAGCAAGACCUGAAGAAGCAACUGAAUGAGCAAAAAGCUAAAUGGGAUGCAAAUGAAAAGAGAGAAAAUGAAAAGCGACAGGUGGAGGAAAAGAAGCACGCCGAAGAGAUUCAGUUCCUGAAGAGGACCAACCAGCAGCUCAAGACCCAGCUGGAAGGAAUCAUUACACCAAAGAAGUAA